AUGCACUACCAGAAGAGCCUGCCCAGGUUGCCAGUGCCCAAACUGGAGGAUACAAUGAAACGAUAUUUAGCUGCACAGAGACCUCUUCUGGAUGACAACCAGUUCAGAAACACAGAGAAAAUUGCAGAGGAUUUUAAGAAUGGAGUGGGAAAGCAGCUGCACGAACAACUGGUCGCCCAGGACAAACAGAAUAAGCACACAAGCUACAUCUCUGCUCCCUGGUUUGACAUGUACCUCUCCGCACGGGACUCUGUGGUGCUCAACUUCAACCCCUUCAUGUCCUUCAACCCCGAUCCUAAACCAGAGUACAACGAGCAGCUCCUCCGCUCCACCAACAUGGUCUGCUCCGCCGUCCGCUUCAUGAAGACUCUGAGAGCAGGCAUCUUAGAACCAGAAGUCUUCCACCUCAAUCCUGCCAAAAGCGACACCGAUCAAUUCAAACGCUUCAUCCGCUGGGUUCCCUCCUCUCUGUCCUGGUACGGAGCCUACAUGGUCAACGCCUACCCGCUGGACAUGUCUCAGUAUUUCCGCCUUUUCAACUCUUCUCGGUUGCCGAAACUGGGGCGAGACGAGUUGUUUACAGACGAGAAAGGGAGGCAUCUUUUAGUCAUGCGGAAAGGCAACUUGUAUGCGUUUGACAUCGUGGGUCAAGACGGGAAUUUGGUGAAGCCGGCUGAGAUUCAUUCCCACUUGAAAUACAUUCUGUCGGAUGAAACUCCAGCAUGUUCCAGUCCAAUCGGCGUGCUAACGAGUGAGAACAGAGACGUAUGGGCAGGUCUUCGAGAGAAGCUAGUCGCCAAUGGGAAUGGAGGAGUUUUGCAGACUGUGGACAGCGCCUUGUUUUGCCUCUCCCUCGACGAUGAAGUUAUGAAGGACCACAUUCACACUUCUCACAAUAUGCUUCACGGAGACGGGUGCAACCGCUGGUACGACAAGUCUUUCAGCAUCAUCAUAGCCAAAGACGGAAACGCGGCCAUCAACUUUGAGCAUUCGUGGGGAGAUGGAGUGGCCGUGCUGAGAUUUCAAAACGAAGUAUUUAAAGACACAACCCAAAAGCCACUGGUGAACCCCGGCUCUAGCCCUGCCUCUGUAGAUUCAUCCACUGCUGUACAAAGAUUGCAUUUUAACUUGAACAGCGAAUUGGAAAGCGGCAUUCAAAAAGCCAAGGAGAACUUUGACGCAGCCAUCUCGAAGCUGACGAUAGAUGCGAUGGAGUUUAAAAUGGGAGGCAAGGAGCAGUUGAAAAAAAGCAAGUUGAGUCCAGAUGCCAUCGCGCAGUUGGCCUUUCAGAUGGGCUUUUUGAGGCAGUAUGGGCAAACUGUGGCCACGUACGAGUCUUGUAGCACUGCAGCCUUCAAGCACGGGCGUACAGAGACCAUCCGACCCGCCACCGUCCACACAAAACGCUGCGCUCACGCUUUCGUGUGUGAACCCGGCAAACACAGUGUGGAGGAACUGAAGGCCAUGCUCCACGAGUGCUCUAAGUACCACGGGCAGCUCACCAAAGAGGCAGCCAUGGGCCAAGGCUUUGACCGCCACCUUUUUGCACUACGAUAUUUGGCCAACUCUCAGGGGGAGCCCCUGCACAGCCUCUACUCUGACCCAGCUUACAUCUCCAUCAACCACAACAUCCUGUCCACCAGCACCCUCACCAGUCCAGCGGUGAACCUGGGGGGCUUUGCACCGGUUGUCCCAGAUGGCUUUGGAGUGGGGUACGGCGUCCAUGACGACUGGAUUGGCUGCAACGUGUCCUCAUACCCAUCUCGAAACGUGCAUGAGUUUCUUCAGUGCGUACACAAGUCUUUGGAGGACAUUUUUACAGUGGUGGGAGGGAAGCCACUUAGUUAG